UCCUCUGCUAGUACUACAUCCACAUGUCUGAAAUCUCAGGCAGCAUCAUCAUUUCCUCGAUCAAGACCUAAAGUGGAAUCUCAGGUACAACAAAGAAAUAUGGAUAGUCGAACUGGUAAUAGCAGAAGCUUAAAACCUGUGGAUAAGAACAUGCAGCAAAGAAUGAUAAGAAGCAGCAAAACAAUAAAUGCAAAAGUUGCAACAGCUUCUGGAGAUUCUCCUACUAUGAUUCCAUCAAAGCCUGGUGUUGUAAAAGCGACGAAGAAAAGCAGUGUUGUCCCAAUCGAAUCAAAAUCCCUUAGCCGUAAGAGCUUGGGCAUUGGCCGUGCCACACAUCCAGUUGUUAGCAAGGUAAAAGGUUCUCAGUUAGAUGAAUCUCUGAAGGGGUGUGGAAAUGUAAUAGAAACACAAGAGAAGAAGGUAGUUAUGAAUGCAUUAACCACAGAGAGUGGACUCCAGGAUGUGGAUACUGUGUCAGUGGGCCAACAUGGAGCUGCUGUUGGGUCCGAACCUCCAGCAAAAAGCCAUCAAGAUCAUGACAAAAUCUCAAACUUUGAUCUACUUCCUGGUGAUUGUAAUCAUGGCUUCAAAGAUAAUGGAGUGUCUUCAAAAGACGAUGAGGUUGAAGAAGAGUCAACCAUUUCUCCCACAGCUUGGAUUGAAAUAGAAGAGCAUGAGGAUGUGCGUAAUAGCUGUGUUAACAGGGCAUCUCAACUUGAAUCUUCAGCCAAUGUUGUACCAGUCCAAUCAGCAAGUCCACGUGUGCGACAUUCUCUAUCACAGAUGUUGCAGGAAGAAAGUAGUGAAGCUGAUAAUACUGAGUGGGAAAAUGCAGAAAAUCCUCCUAUCAUGACCAACCAAAAAGACGCUCCUAAAGGAUUAAAGAGGCUCUUGAAGUUUGCCAGGAAAAGUAAGGGUGAUGCAAAUAUAUCGGGUUUGUCUAGUCCAUUAGUAUUUUCGGAAGGAGAGGAUGAAGGAGAGGAAUCUAAAGUGGUUAGUAAGAGAAAUGCUGACAAUCUACUGAGAAAGGCUGCUCUUCAUGCCAGAAACUAUGGUUAUCAAAAGAAAUCUUUAUCUGAGGUCCACGAACAAAAUAAGGACUCUCAUGAACCUCUAUCUGCUGCAAAGUUAGUAGCUGAUGAUCUAAUGACGCCUGCAGCUCAAUCAAAUCUAAGAAAACUUGGGCGCUCAGGUUCUCGUAAGUUGGAUAACGCCAGUUUCUCCGCCACAUCUUCUACAACUAAGCAACAAGGUCAUUCUUCUCUCUUCCGGCAUUUAUGGGGAGCAAACCGAGUGAAAUGAAAGCUUUGCCAACGGUGGAUGAUCAGAGGAAUGAAACCCAUGAGAUUCCUAACAUGACUUCUAUCUUCCUAAGGAUACACAGUCUAAAAUUUGGUUUGACAAAGAAAUUUGUUACUCCUCCCACACUAUGUCCUUGUUUAUAUUGCUCUAUAUAUCAUAAGCAGGGUGUAGACUGAUUUAGAUCACCAAAGAUAUGAUGCAACUAAGUUUUGUCGUCUCUUCCAUGAAUAAUUCCUUGAAUAUCA